GCUUCAGUAAACCGCCCUCUAAUUGAUUGUUGUUACAAAGGAAUUUUAUACGAAUCGCCUUCAAACUGAACUACGAAAGCAUGGAUUUGCAGCAUAUGGAAAAUGGCAUAGGUGGUGGCGGCGGUGGUGGGAGUGGAAUUGGUGGCAAUAACAGCAACUCACAGACCUUGAGUGAAAUUGAUUUUCAAAGAUUGGCCCAAACCAUUGCCACCAGUAUACAGAAAAUCCAACAAAAUGUGGUGACAAUGCAACGUAUGGUCAAUCAAUGUAACACACCUCAGGAUUCUCCCGACUUAAAGAAACAAUUGCAUCAAAUUAUGACUUAUACAAAUCAAUUGGUAAUGGAUACGAGCAUUCAAUUAAGUGAAGUUGAAAAAUGCAAAGAACGUCAUUUAAAAAUUCAAAGAGACCGAUUAGUGGAUGAAUUUACAGCUGCUUUAACUAAAUUCCAGACUCUACAACGUAAAACUGUCGAUAUUGAAAAAAAUCAAGUGCGUCAGGCACGAUCAAAUCAAUAUAAUAUUGCAAAACCACCUGGGAGUACAAAUAAUGCAUCAAAUGGUGGCGGUAAUAAUUCAUUUUUCGAUGACAAUCUAUUCGGUCGUAAAUCUCAGCAACAACAACAACAGCAGCAAACUCAAAUGCAGGAGGAAAUUGAUUUGCAAGCAUUGGAGGAGCAAGAACGAGCCAUACGGGAAUUGGAGGAAAACAUUGUUGGUGUUAAUGAAAUCUACAAGAAAUUAGGUUCAAUGGUUUAUGAACAGGGACUGAUUGUGGACUCUAUAGAAUCAUCUGUUGAACAAACCAGUGUCUAUGUAUCUCAGGGUACGGAAAAUCUGCGUAUGGCUAGUUCCUACAAGAAUAAAUUACGCAGAAAGAAACUAAUACUUUUGGGUAUAUUAGCAGUGAUUAUGUUAAUUAUAAUUUUAAUACUUGUUAUGAAAUUUAGUAAUUGAAAUUCUAUUAGAUAGAUUUUUAUCUAUUUAGAAUUCCAUGUGUAGUUUCCAUUGUGUAUAGA